AUGAGGCACAGAAAAUUACAUCCAUUUACGAAAGGUAACGACACCAUUUCUUGUCCAGAGAUUUGCGGUUCAACAUGCCAGGAGGGUUGCUAUCCUUAUACAACAAACUCAAUGCCUCCUCCGGCAACGGUGCCACCACCAAUAGCUCACAAUUCGUCAGCUAAACAAGGCCAUCACGUUUCCCCUCUUGUCAUAGUCUUAGGAACGUCGUUUGCUAGCUGCUUCCUUCUUGUCUGCUACUAUUUUAUAGUGGUCAAGUAUUUCUUGGCAUGUAAUCGUUCUAGGCCGCGGCAACAGCAGCGAGGAGCUGCUGAUGAAGAGUUCCUGGAUGAAAAUCGUGGCCCGGGCAUUGAUCAUCCCAUUUGGUACAUAAACACGAUUGGUCUACAGCCAUCAGUUAUUGAAGCUAUCACGAUUUUCAGGUACAAGAAAGGUGAUAACUUCAUCGAAGGGACUGAGUGCUCGGUUUGUUUGAAUGAGUUUCGAGAUGAUGAAACUCUUAGGUUGUUACCAAAAUGUAGCCAUGCCUUUCACGUUUCUUGCAUCGAUGCCUGGUUGAGGUCUCACACAAAUUGUCCCGUUUGUCGUGCUGGUAUUGUUUCCAGUGCCGCAGCUACUCCUGUGGUGGCUUCAGUUGGGAUUAAUUCUCAUAACAUGCGCCCGGGUGAAGCUUCCCAGGUGGAGAAUCCGGAAGAUGAUGAAGAAUUGAGUACUAAUCAUGCAAGGGAAAAUGAAUUUCGUGAAAACGGGGGAGGUCCUACAGGGGAAAUCACUGAAUUUCCAGAGGUUCAUCAGGAUGGACGGGUUGUGGAAGCUGCAAAAUUUUGGGUAACUGAUGAUUCACACGAUAAAUCGAUGAUGGAGGGAGGGAAAUUUGAGAUGCAACCAAUGAGAAGGUCUGUUUCAGUGGAUUCUUUGUUGGCUGCAAAUAUCAAUGGUGCUGUUGCUAACAUGCGGUUGGCUGAAUUUGAGGAUACCCCAGUGGAUCAAGAUGUUGAGGCAGACCAUGUUUCCGGAGAGAACGUCGUCGGUGAAAAUUCUAGGACGCCUAGGAUUAGCAAUGGGAGUUCUUCAAUUACACAAUUUCUGCAUAUGGGACCUGUUAGGAUGAAGAGAUCGUUUUCAUAUGCUGGGAGGUCAUUUUUAUCCAGGCAAAGUUCAAGAACCAACUCAUCACUUCCCUUGUGA